AAAGAGUGAGAUCAGACUCGCACUAUAAGAUGCCACAUCAACAUGACUGGAAGUAAGAUAUACUCGUCCGUAUCUAUUUGAAUAUACACACGACGAUAGAUAAGUAAAGAAGAAGAAGUGCAUAUUGCCUACCUUUCUGGCGAAGCAUCCACUACGAUACGCUUACUUUGGAUUUCUCCAGAAACAAUGGGGCCCGUCAACGUCCAUACCACCACCGAUACUGGUCCGGCGGCGCCCUCGCUCAUGACGGAUUUCCUUCAGAAGUGUGGCGGUCUGAGCGUGAUCGACGGCGGCCUAGCUACGGAGCUGGAACGUCACGGCGCGAACCUCAAUGAUCCUCUCUGGAGUGCCAAAUGCCUCCUUGAUUCGCCUCACCUCAUCCGCACGGUACACCUGGACUAUCUUGAAGCUGGUGCCAGUGUGAUAAUCUCCGCAUCCUAUCAGGCAACCAUUCAGGGGUUCAGGGCCAAGGGGUUUUCCCAGGAAGAGAGUGAGGAGCUACUUAAGAAGAGUGUUGAAAUAGCAUGUGAAGCACGGGAUUUAUACUAUAAAAAGUGCAGAGAGUCUUCUUCUGAUUAUACUACGGAUGGGAAGGUUCUUAAACAUCGUCCCAUCUUAGUUGCUGCAUCUGUUGGGAGUUAUGGGGCGUACUUGGCUGAUGGUUCCGAGUACAGUGGGGACUAUGGAGAUAUGGUCAACCAAGAGUUCCUAAAAGAUUUUCACAGGAGGAGACUUCAGAUUCUUGCAGAUGCCGGUGCUGAUAUAAUUGCAUUUGAAACUGUUCCCAAUAAGAUUGAAGCUCGGGCUUAUGUCGAGCUACUUGAGGAUGAGGACAUCAAAAUUCCUGCAUGGUUAUCAUUCAAUUCUAAGGAUGGCAUCAAUGUGGUCAGUGGGGACUCUUUAUUAGAAUGUGCUGCCAUUGCUGAUUCAUGCAAGAACAUUGUCGCUGUGGGGAUAAAUUGUACCCCUCCGAGAUUCAUAUCGGAUCUAAUUUUGUCCUUAAAAAAGGUCACUGCCAAACCAAUUCUUAUAUAUCCAAACAGUGGCGAGACUUAUGAUGCCGAUAAAAAGGAAUGGGUUCAAAAUACAGGGGUGUCUGAUGAUGGUUUUGUUUCCUAUGUGAACAAAUGGUGCGAGGAUGGAGCAUCUCUAGUUGGAGGGUGUUGCAGAACUACUCCUGACACUAUUAGAGCAAUAUAUGCUGUCCUCUUGAAUGAGCAAGUGGGCAAUCCCAAGUAAAAGCACCCCAUUCAACUUCAAGCUAAAUGAGUGAGUAAUGGGGGCGUCAACAUGUUUUUUGUUUUGGCUGGUAAUGGAGUUCAUCGAAUAUAGAAAUCUCACCGAGCAUUCGCUUUUGUCGGUUUGCGAGAUUUCAAUAGAUAGUAUUGUCAUGAGAGUUUGGUCAUAGGUUUUCUGUUUUAAAUGAGAAUGAUAAGUGUGCAAACAGAACCGUGUAAAGCUUGGCCUAAGAGGGUGGGCGGUAUAGAUGGAGAAUCUGAGAAUGGAUGCACCAUUUAGAAGUAUAUAUGCAAUUUAUGAGGAAGCGGUCCAGCUCACUGGUCGCCGACCCACUCUCCUAUAUGAGAAGUCUCGGGUUCGAAACUCUAUGUAAGUAGUUUUUGCGUAUCCUAUAUGAGAGGUCUCAGGUCCGAAACAAUAUGUGAGUGCUUUUUACCCACUAUAUCUGGGUUAAAAAAAUAUAUGCAAUUUAUAUAUGUGGGGGGUUGCAUAUGAUGUGUUUAUGCUGGAAGCAUCUUUUCAUCGGUGAUUAGACUAGAGAUCCGAUGGUAUUAUGAUAAUCCGUCCAUGUAAUGUCAUGAUCAGGGUGCAUAUGUGGUUUACAAAUAUAUAUUUCCUGAUGAUGGUUUCAAAUUAGAGAGAUUAGCCG